GAAGUAGGAGGGACAAAAUUGCUUCCAUGUGAACGUGAUUUAAUGAGCGCUUUAAUUCGUUUUAUAGGUAAAAUGUUAUUUAUUUUGCUUUGAAUGAACAAUCUGAGCAGGCACAAUAUUUCAAGUCCUGUCUGAAACACUUUGCAGCAGCUUUAUUUAGUACAGUUUUAGAAUUAAAUCUACUCCACGCAUGUUUAUGAGGAAAUGAUGGCAUGUACAACAUGUAUCUAGUCUGCAGCUUUCUCUGCGUUAAAGUAUAAUAACUUUAGAUCAAGAUCAACAGAUUUGGAUCUUUUUCUGAUCAGCGUCAUCGACAUUUUCAGUAUCUACAGUAUGACAUCAGCUGGAAACACCAUUGACGACGAGGACACGUUCAAGAUCCUCAUUGCUACUGACAUUCACCUUGGUUAUCUAGAGAAGGAUGCCAUUAGAGGAAACGACACGUUCGUUACCUUUGACGAGAUCAUGAAGCAAGCCAUGCAAAAUGAGGUUGACUUUGUUUUGCUGGGUGGGGAUCUGUUCCAUGACAAUAAACCAUCUCGCAAGACUAUGCACUGCUGCAUAGAGGUGAUGAGGAAGUACUGCAUGGGUGACCGGCCAAUCAUCUUUGAAAUCCUAAGUGAUCAGGCUGUCAAUUUCAGCCACAGCAAAUUUCCAUGGGUGAACUACUUGGACACUAAUCUCAACAUCUCCAUCCCUGUCUUCAGUGUGCAUGGUAACCAUGAUGACCCAACUGGGACUGAUGGCCUAUGUGCUAUAGACCUGUUGAGCUGUGCUGGUCUGAUCAAUCAUUUUGGCCGCAGUCGUUCAGUGGAGAAACUUGAGAUCAGUCCAGUUCUUCUGCAGAAAGGAAACACCAGGAUUGCACUGUAUGGCAUUGGUUCCGUUCCAGACGAGAGACUCUACCGGAUGUUCAUCAAUAACCAGGUGACCAUGCUUCGGCCCAGGGAGGAUGAAGAUGGCUGGUUCAACUUGUUUGUCAUCCAUCAAAACAGGAGUAAGCACGGGGCGACUAACUACAUCCCUGAACAGUUUUUGGAUGAUUUCCUGGAUUUGGUGGUGUGGGGUCAUGAGCAUGAGUGUAAAAUUGCUCCAGUCCGUAACGAACAGCAGCUCUUCUAUGUCACACAACCUGGCAGCUCCGUCAUCACCUCGCUGUCACCAGGAGAAGCGGUCAAAAAGCACAUUGGGUUAUUGAGAGUGAAAGGUAAAAAAAUGAAUCUUCAGAAAAUUCCUCUACAGACCAUCAGGCAGUUCUUCAUUCAGGAUGUGACACUCUCAGAGCACCCUGACCUUUUCAGACCAGAGCAACCCAAUGUCAUGCUCAAAGUCAUGGCUUUCUGCCAGGAGAAGGUUGAAGAGAUGCUUGAAGAGGCAGAGAGACAGAGACUUGGAAAUCCUCUAACUCCUGAGAAACCUCUCAUCAGACUACGAGUAGAUUAUAGUGGGGGUUUUGAAGUUUUUAACACUAUGCGCUUUAGUCAGAAAUUUGUAGAUCAAGUGGCAAAUCCCAAAGACAUCCUGCAUUUCAUCAGACACAGAGAGUCCAAAGACAACAUUAAAGAAGAAUGUAUGGACUUUGAAGCACUUCUUUCUCGUCCCACCUCUGAGGUCUUACAGCUGAGAGUGGAAGAUCUUGUGAAGGAAUACUUUCAGACAGCUGAGAAGAUUCAACAAUUUCGAGACUCAAAGAGAAACACAGCAGAAGAGGAUGAGGAAGUACAAGAGGCUAUAAUUCGUGCAAAAGCUCAUAGGGACCACAGAGAUUCUGUGAGAGAUGAUGACCUCAACCUAUCAGAUGAGCCAGCUGACAUUGCUGUGGAGUCAGAUGAAGAGUCCAUUCAACAAUUUCGAGACUCAAAGAGAAACACAGCAGAAGAGGAUGAGGAAGUACAAGAGGCUAUAAUUCGUGCAAAAGCUCAUAGGGACCACAGAGAUUCUGUGAGAGAUGAUGACCUCAACCUAUCAGAUGAGCCAGCUGACAUUGCUGUGGAGUCAGAUGAAGAGUCCACUUCUGCUCCUACAAUCCGUGGAAGGGGGCGUGGCUCCAGAGGUGCAAUCAAAAGAGGAAGAGCAAGAGGUGCUGCCUCAAAGUCAGGGCGGGGUGGACAUGGACAAAAAGGAUCUCUCUCAAGUGCACCGACAACCAAGUCAAUAAUGGAUGCAUUCCAGGCUUCAAGCCAGAGGACCUCUCGUGGAAACACACCAAAGUCGUAUGCUGAAGAGAUCACCAUAGAGGACAGUGACUCAGAUGAGAAUGUUGCAUUUUUAAAAUGUUCCAGGCCAAAACAAAAGCUGACUUCAUUAAGCGCCAGUAAGAGGGGCUCCCAGAGCCAGUCUUUUAAAGGAGUAUGCUUUGAUGACGAUGAGGAUGAGUUUGAUCCAUUCAAGGGGACAAGACAGCAGCGCAGAUAAGAAAAGAAUCCCAAUUGCUUGUCAACUAAUGAAUCCACUUCUUUUUUGCAGAGAUCUGAGUAAACUAGUUUGUUAAAGGUUAACUUGCCUAAAGUUGUUUUAAAAGCUUUGUUCAACAUCUAACACCUAGCAAUGUUGUCUUUUAUACUGGUAUUUUAUUGUCCCAGAGAAAAAGUGUGUUAAUGUCUGAAUAAAAGUGUUUAUGUCUGUUCC